GAAAAUCUUAAUGUGACAUAAUAAUUCUUUGAAACAGAAUUAGGUUGGACAUUACGUUGGAUUUUUUUUAAUACUUUGCUGAUCUGACAAGAAAAGCAAUUUAAGUUCUUGCCUAUUCCAUCAUAAUUCACUCAUUCUUCUCGUUUUGUCCAAAAUCUUUUCUGCAAUGACACGAGAUGACACCAAUGGGGUUAUUACCCCUGCGACUAAGCUGCGUCGCAAACUUGAAUCCGGAGAAUUCAUUCUCGCCCCAGGUGUUUACGAUGGGUUCUCUGCGCGAAUUGCCCUAGAAGUCGGCUUCGACGUGAUUUACAUGACGGGAGCCGGUACUACAGCGUCGAGGCUUGGGCAUGCAGACCUCGGUAUCGCCACAUUGAACGACAUGCGUCAGAACGCUGAGAUGAUCGCCAAUCUAUCCACGAAUACACCAUUAAUAGCGGACGCAGACACAGGCUAUGGUGGUCCGAUCAUGGUAGCACGCACGAUCGAACAAUACGCACGGUCUGGUGUUGCCGGAUUGCAUAUUGAGGAUCAGGUUCAGACCAAGCGGUGUGGUCACCUGGCGGGCAAGGUUCUAGUCGACACCGAAACUUAUGUGAGUCGAAUUCGAGCUGCUGUACAGCAACGAAAGAAGAUUAGGAGCGACAUUGUGAUCAUUGCUCGAACGGAUGCGUUACAAAAGCACGGCUAUGCAGAAUCAGUAGCUCGUUUACGAGCUGCGCGUGAUGCCGGCGCCGAUGUUGGUUUUCCAGAAGGCAUACGCUCUAUAACUGAAGCCCAGCAACUUAUCGCAGAUCUAGCCCCUUGGCCAGUUUUGCUAAAUAUGGUGGAGCAUAGCGUAACACCAUCAAUGUCGGCUAGUGAAGCAAAGGAUUUGGGAUUCCAAAUCAUGAUAGUUCCUUUGGCUACAAUGUCGCCAGUUUAUAGAGCUAUAAAGGAUUCCUUGCAAGUGCUGAAAAAGACAGGGGUGCCGAAUACGGAAUUCUCGCCACAGCAGCUGUUCCGAGUGUGUGGUCUUGACGAGUCUGUCGAGAUCGAUGAAGCAGCGGGGUCAGCAAAUUUUGAAGGCGGAGUAGACCAGCAAUGAUUUCUGCGUGUUUCUUACCAAUCCCUGUAUUCCUUUCAGAAAUUCAGCAAAAUUUAGACACCUAGCCUAGUUCCCAUUUCUCAUAUGUGAGCAGAUAAAUACAUUGUUACUAUACGUCAU